GGCGGCGGGCGCGGCCAUGGCGGGCUGGUCGUGCUGCCGGGUGGCCGCCGUGUCGUGCCUGGUGCUCUGCCUCUCCCUCCUCCUGCCGCGGACCUUCCUGCCCCGGGCCGGCGGCCGGCAGGAGCCCGGGGCCGCGCCGCACGCCGCGCCCGCGCCGCCCGACGGCAAGCUGGGUCGCUUUCCACUGAGGAUGCAUUCCCAUGGCACUCCUGACGGCCGAGCUGUCCCUCAUUUUCCGAGGUCUCACCUUGCUGAAGCAGUUGCCAAAGCCAAGGCAGGUGGAGGUGGCAGUGGAAGCACUGGUGGAACUGGGAGAGGUCUUGUGGGGCAGAUCAUCCCUAUAUAUGGAUUUGGCAUCUUUUUAUAUAUACUGUACAUUUUAUUUAAGCUGGCUUCCAAGGGAAGAACUACUCCUGCAGAGCGGAAAUGCCCUGCUGCUACACCUGGAAACAUGAAGAGGAAAAUUACUGACUAUGAGCUCACUCAACUCCAGGAAAGACUGAGAGAGACAGAAGAAGCUAUGGAAAAAUUAAUCAACAGAGUAGGACCUAUGUAUGACAGCGGGACUCAAAAUGUUACAACAGACCAGGAAAAAUUGUUACUUCAACAACUCCGAGAAAUUACUAGAGUUAUGAAAGAAGGAAAAUUCAUAGAUGACAGCUCUCCUGAGAAGGAAGCUGAAGAAGCUCCCUACAUGGAAGACUGGGAAGGUUAUCCAGAAGAGACCUAUCCUGUCUACGAUAAUUCCAAUUGCUGCAAGCGCAAACAGGACACAGUCCUUGUAGAUUACCCUGACCUGAGCCAACCCUCUCCAGAAGAGCUGGCAGAAAGAAUGGAGGGCAUGGAAGAUGAAGAUUAUCUUUGUGAUGAAACCCUGCUAACUGAUCUCACCACGGGAAGGGGUGGUCAGAAUUUAAUGCAGAAAAAGGAUGAGGCGACUCUCACUGGUGAAGAGAAGGGGGACCUUCAUCACAGCCAAAGCACUGAGGACUGCUGCUGCUGUUAUGGGGAUGAUCCUGCUGUCAUAGCAGAGAAUGCUGGAUUCCACUCUGAGAGCUGCAGUGAAGCUGAGGAGACAACCCAAGAGGACAUGUCUGUAGAGUCAGAAAAUGAAAGUGCAGCACUAGAAGAGCAGAAAGCCACUGAUUCAGAUGAAACUUCAGGCACACUGAGAAAGCGCAACACGAAAGGACUUGAUUGAUAGGGAACAUAGGGGAUGUUAUCUGGAUGGUAAAGGUAGAGAGUAUAAAGUGUCAUUUGUAAGGCUUUUGUUCCUAAUGGAGACUUCCCUGUGUUCAUGUCCUUGUACCAAUUUCGUUCUCGUGGUACCAGUCACAUCACCUACCUGAACUGGAACCCUCUUUCAUGCACUUUCAUUGUGGGUUACCAUGAUGUUGCCAACAGCGCUUUGUCCUUGAUUUUUGAAGCCUGGUAUCUUGGAGCAGAUGAUGUGUGGAGCACAUAUUUGUGACUCUUUCCAGUUCCAAGGGAACAGUCCUUAGUUUUGCCCUUUGUCAUCCCAGAGUUAACCGAAUGUCUCCUCUGACUUUUUCAAAAAAAUUCAGCGCUACCAGUGCUACAUCUGUGUGCUACCAGUUAGGAAAAUUAAUCAAAUCCAUAUAUAUGUAUACACACACACACACACAUAUAUAUAUAUGAGUGUACAGGAUGCUGGAGGAGAAAGUAUGCCUUCUUUCUUUUACCUAAAUGUUACCUGAUCAGCAGAACAGAUCACAGUCACACACACGACUUUCUCAUCAUUGCUGCUGUACGCCCAAGAAACUGUUGCCACUACAACCCACAAAACUCACAUGCUACCCCAACCCACAGCCCAUUUCCCAGUUAUUCUCUGUUGCAGGAACAGUGGCCUAAUCCAUGUUGUGUUACUUGUGAGAGCAAGACUGAAGUGCUGUGAGCUGUUCUUUAACUUUGCCAUAGAUGUGGUGAAACUCCCAGGUGAGUGCAGGAAGUGGACUAUAAUAUGUGAGAGCACAAAAAUAUCCUUAGAAAUUAAAAACCGAACAAGCAGUGUUAAGGUUUGUCUGUAAAAAUAGAGAACAGCCCCUUAGAGGGUGCCCCUUAGACUGAACCCACCCUUCUUCCUGGAAACCUGUGGGGUUUUUUAACUCUUGGAAUGUUGUCUUGCUGAGGGUUACCUGGGUAUGGGAUGAGGAGGGUGCUGGAGCGAAGGGCUCACAAGGGGAGGUGGCAGGCGGUCCCUGUGCCCAAGGGACAGCCUUUCUCAUGGAAGCAACACGGCAGGUGGGAGUGAGCCUCAGGAGAGGAGCCCUCAGCCUCCUCCUUCUCCAAUAUCUCAGCAUUUUCCAGGCCAUGGGCCCAUCACAACCAAACUCCGAUGUACUGGGCCACACUCGGCCCCAGUCACAACUGACAUCACAGUGGCUUGGUUGUGCUGUCACGUCACCUCACUGCUCCGGCACUGUAAACUCCUGCAGCUUCCAGGCCCUUGAUGAAUACCUGGACAGAAGGGGAGCCGGAGAAGCAGAGUGGAUGGCUGCCCACCCUCGUGCAGGACAGGAGCACAGGGCCACUUCCCAUGAUGGCAGAAGAGGAAGGCAUGUGCCAGGAGGCAGCAGAGGAGCGGGAACAAAAUCACGCCUCUCCCGAGAGUGCCAUUGCCCUCGCUUCCCUUGUCAAGGCCAUGCAGGGCUUGGUUCUGUGCCCGCCAGGGGAUGUCGUGCAGCCCAGGGAUAUCAGCAUGCCAGGGAGCAGCUGGAGCAGUGAGGUGGGUUGCUGCCCACCUUCACGUGGGACAGCAAAGAGGCGCUUCCCACAGCCACCAAAGAAGAAGUCAUCUCCCCUGGGCCUGAAACAUGGCAAUCGACGGUGCAGAAGGAGGAAGAGAAGGAAGAGGAGGAGGAGGACAAAGAGAGGGAAGAGGAGGAGCAUCAGCCCUUGCACCCUGAGAACCAUUGCCAACACUCAAGCGACGACAUCCAGCGCACAGCUCUGGGAGCACCGGCGGCCCAACCUCCGCACCUUCAUCACUGAAAAAUAAACGAUGAAACAAGGAUAAAAAUGCUGUCAUCCUCCCUUAUUUGGCACUUUGGUGACAGCAUCUGUGCUCCUGUGACCUCUCGAGUAAGAGGCUUUUUCUGGAAACUUCCCGUUUCCAUGUCCACAUACUGCUUUGCUGGUGCCACUUUAAGUUCUGGGGUUUUUUAGGCUGUAACAUCAACAAUUUGAGACUAGCUCUUUUUAAUUCAGUAAAAUUAUAAUAAUGAAGGCAUUGAGACCUAGGAAUUUCUUCUUUCCAAAUGUGCCAGGUAAUAUUAUGGAGGUCAUUCUAGGAGUUAGUGUAGAUAAUGCAGCCAUUGGUCAUAGUCAACACAGGAUCUCAUGGGAAGGUGACUGUAGCAUCUCAGGAGUGCCUGGCCAGCACCCUACAAUUGGUCCAGCCCCCACUCAGGUGGGAGUCCCAGCUUCCACUCCUGGCCAUCCUGCUGGCUCACUCAUUCCAUCUCCUGGCAUCAACAAAUUAUUUUGCUGAUUGCCACAGGUGGCAUGAGCUCUUCCUUCCCAUCCCCUGCCCCCACCCCUCCUGAAGGGGUGCCAGCUCCCCUGCUCUGAUCCUCUAGAAAAGGGAAUUGAGUUGAGUUGGCUUCUACCAGGCUGCUGUGCUAAGGUGACACAGAGGGCGACUGACAUCCCUGGGGCCUGGAGAUGGGGUUUCUUCAGUCUGAGGACCAGAAGGUUCCCUGAUGAAUGAGUGAAGUGAGACCCUCUGCAGUCUUGCACGAAGAAUAGUAACAGAUCAAGCCAAGAAUGUAGACAGCUGUUCCUUUGAGAAGCAGCAGACGGCAGUUCUGCCAGGAAGAAGUGCUGGCCUUCAGCAUGAAGGGCCCCUCUAGCUGCUUCACAAGGAGUUCUUUUCAAGUCGGGAAAUAAACAAAUUAAAAAACCCCAAACCAAUAAACCAAGAAAACAACAGUAAAAA